AUGGCAGUAUUAAAUACUGCACAUGCCUCUUGUGAAUGGUCAACACCAAAAAUUUCAAAUCAUGCUGAUAAUCCUCAAUUGCUUUAUGGACACAGUGAACCAUCAACUGACAAAUAUAUGAUAGUUGCAUUUGGUUAUAUAAGUUCUAAAAUCAAAACUAAAAAAUACAAUAAACAUUUAUAUAUUUUUGACGUGGAAUCUUAUAGCUGGGUUGAUAAAUUUAUUGUGUCAGAAUCACUACCAAAACAACCAUCACAUUUUCCUGUUAAUCCUUAUUAUAACAAAUUCAUUAAUCUUUUUGUCAUUAGAUCUGUGGCAAUUUUAACUUUAAAGGGAAGAAAAUUAAGAAUCCCAGAAAUGGUUCCUUUCCAACUUACUCAAAAUAUUGUAACAGCACUUGGUGUUAUUGGAAUUUUUAGGAUUGUAUGUAAAAAUGUACUUAGAGUUAUGUUUCUUGAAGCAUUUUUUUAUGAUCCUUUGGUAUUAGAUCAUGAUAUCGUUCAUUUAUAA